CUCUCUUCAGACAUACCACCUGUGGAUUUGUGUUUGUGAAUACACACCAAGGGUUUCAACGUUGUGCCUCCAAUCUCGGAGAACAACUCCCAUAUUACUUGUUACAACUCGCGAACAUUCAAAAUGAAUGGAGUGCUCGAUAGCCAAGCCCGCGGCAACUCUGCAUUGCGCCAUUUAUCCCAACUCCCAAGGCCAGAAAACGGACACCCAAGGAAAAGACAGCGGAAGAGAAAAGCAUGCGACACUUGUCGACACAGGAAAAUAAAAUGCGAGAUUACCACCAAGUCUAAAUGCUCGUACUGCAGCAAAGCCAACGUUCCUUGUUCUCUGGUUGAUUAUAGGCGGCAAAGGCACUUGCAGAAGUACGACACCACAGUCGAUAUUAUAAUUCGUCAGUAA